AGCUGUCAGCCGAGUAAGAUGGUGCGAUUAUACUCGGCUGUUUGUAUAUCGACAGAUUGAAUAUUGUAAAUAUAUUGUCUUCCACUUUCAGAUCAUUCCCCGUAGCUACAGAAAUCUGAAGAUGGCCUCCUCUUCGAGUUUAGUGAUGCGAGGAGCUGUGCUGUUCACUGUGGGUGUUUUCUUCGCCCUGGUUUUAAACCUUCUACAAGUACAACGCCAGGUUACAGUGUUCCCUCCAGAGGUGCUGGCCAGUCUCUUCUCGUCAGCCUGGUGGGUGGCUCCAAGCUGUGGCACUGCAGCAGCAAUUAUUGGCUUGCUCUACCCGUAUCUUGAUCGUACGCUGGGUGAGGCUCAUUACUACAAGAGGGAGUGGUCGGGAGUGAUGCGGUGUGUUGCGGUGUUCGUGGGAAUCAACCACGCCAGUGCCAAAAUAGACUUUGCUAAUAACAUGCAGCUGUCGCUCUCAUUAGCGGCAAUGUCCAUUGGUCUGUGGUGGCUCUUCGACAGAUCUCGCAGUGGAUUCGGCCUCGGUGUAGGAAUCGCAGUUUUGGCAACAUUUGUCACACAACUUCUAGUUUACAAUGGGGUUUAUAGGUAUACAGAACCAGACUUCCUGUUUGUGCGAUCAUGGCUUCCUUGUAUUUUCUUCUCCGGAGGUGUUACCAUGGGAAACAUUGGCAGACAGCUGGCAACGUACGACGGAGACAAGUCCAAGAUGAAAGACGACUGAGAGGGAGGAGCUGGAGAGUGGACUGGAUCUCGUGGACGGUCUCUCGGAGAUCAGUUUCUUUCAACUGCCUGUGUUCACCGUCUUCAGUGUGUGCACCCCCACAACUGCAAGUUGACUUUGUGAACUUUGUGUCGUGCCAAACGAUCUCACUGUCAUGUAGGCUUAUUUGAGGAUGCAAUUUUCAUAACUACUUUAUUCCCAUUGCAGUCUUACUGCAACACAUACAAUUGGUGUGGGUCAUCAUCGGAGUAUUUCCAGCAGUGGGGAGACAUGGCCACAUUUUUCAUCAUAAACAAUGGUGUGGAACUGUAAUAGCUUGUCAAGGAACAAGACAGUUAACACUGCAACAGUAGUGCCGAACCAGUUGCCAAGUUCAUAAAGUACUUUCUAUCAACGAAAACAUUAUAAACUUGUUGAGAAUAACGAUGCCUUCAUAAACUGGUUGUUUUUUGGAAUCAGGUUCAAAAGGUUCCAGAUGUUUUAUUUUUAAUUGGCUCUUGUAAGGACGUACAUGGUCAAAACUUGCUAUAAAAAAAAAAAGAAGACAAAAAAGAACUAAUUAGUUGAUAACAUACCAGUUUAUCAUAAAAUGGAGCCAGUUAAAAAUAUACAGUUUAUAAGACUUAAAGAGUGCUAGCUCACACGACCGUGUUUAUCAAAAUACAAAGCAAUGUUUUAUGGUUUGGAAUCAAUUGAAAAUUAAUACCAAAGAUAUUGUUCAUCUUUUCUCAUGGUAUUGGUGUUUGAUAAAAUGAUUUAGUUUAUUACAGGGUUCCAACUUUCUUGAGAAGAUCUAGAAUUAUGGAAGUAAUAUUCCAGUCUGGGAAGAUGAGAAUAGUCGGGGUGGGGGGAAGAGAAAAUUUUCUUCUGAAUUUACCCAAUGUCCAACAUUUUGUUUUUAAUUUAUGAUUGGAAUAAGGAUCACAUUAAUCAGACCUUACCAUAAAAAGAAUUGAGGAGAGUGAUUAAUUGCUCUGCCAACUUAGAUUAUGGGGAGCUGUAACAAGAUACUACCAUAUUGAUACCAUUAGAUGGCAAGGUCUGAUUACAUUUCUUAAUCUAUUUACAUAAAUUAACUAUAACACUUUAUUGGAGAAUCUGUUAAAGCAAAUAAUAAAAGAAAGAACAAAUGUACAACUUUCUAAAUUCUGUAAAAACUGAAGGUGAAUAGGGAAAAAUUAGGGACUUGUUUUUUUUUUCAGAAGAAAGUAGGAACCCUGUGUAUGGUUGGAUAAUCAGAAAUGUUUGUGAUAGAGGCAGCAAAGCUGAAGAGAUUUCAUGGAUUGUGUACGUUCAUUGUGCAAAUGCUCAUUUAGUUCUUUUAUUGUUUGAAGACAUAGAAUGCGCCACAGUACUACUUUCCCAUGUACCAGUAAUGAGUGAUGGUGUAUAUGUUUUUAUACUGUGUAUAUUUAUAUGGUCUCAGUGGUGAGAAUGUACUGAAAGGUAGAUAGUUAAUAACUUAUAUAUGUAAAUUCACUUUAAUAUACUAGUGGUUGAAAUAUGUUGAGAGGUGUAGCAGGUGCAAAUGCUACACAUCUUUAAAUAAAAUAUCUUCUUUUUAUUACAUUUGUAUUACACCCAGUAAGACUGGAUAUAUUUGUGGUUUUGGUUUCAGUUUUAGUAAUAAAAAUUGCAUUAGUAAUGUGAUCAGUAUUUGUGGGUGGGAUCUUUUUAUGAUUUGAAAGAUGAGAAUAAAAUACUAGUCGUCUUUUUAAAGAUCCUGAGGAUGUAUCAUUUACUAAUGAUGAUUGUCAUAACAACAAGUUUUUGUCUUCGACUCCCUAAUUUGGAAAAGCUUUUGGUUGUGUAACUUAAAUUACUGAAACUAUAAGGUUAACUUCAAGAUGGGUUGCCGAGGCAUGUAUUUAAUUGAAACUGACCGAUAUUUAUUAUACGGGUGAGAGAUACAUUCUGUAGAUUGUCAGAGUUUAGUUUUGUGUUACAACUAUUGGAUUUUAGUACAUGUUUAAACUUUCCAGUUUUAUCAUAUAGAAAAACUAAAAGUGUAUGGGUGACAUCUUGUAUAAUAUAUGCAUUUCAUCUUAUGUGAGUUAUAACUAAAAAAAUCUUUUGAGCUGGGACAGUUUUGCAAGUUGGUUUAAAAACGGGAACAAAAUUUUAAACCAAGAAAACCUGUUUUUCCAAUAUAUUUUUAAUAACAUAGUUUAUCAGUUCAAAUUAGAAUAUGAGUAUAUUUAUUUACAUGUGCAUACUAUACAUGUAUUCUGUAUACUUAUUCCCUCCACCAUUUUUAAUAACUCAUAAACUACUAUUUAAAGCUACAACUAUGCAGUUAACAUUUUCAUGCAAUUUAAAGUAUUAUGAAAGGGGUUUGAUAAGGACUAAAGUCAUUUUAUGAUCUAAUUGUUUUUAGAGCUCUUAAUUAGAGAGUUAAUUAAUGGUUGAUAAUCACUUUGUAGCGAAUAAACAAGCUGCAAAGUUUUAUGAUUAGUUUUUUUUCAAAGCUCAAAAAGUGUUUAUUGUUAUGGUUAUCCAUACACGUUUGUUUUAGUCCAUUUCUAUACUGCCUUAUUUAAAGUGCACGUUGAGUGUUGUAUUUUUCAUAUUAUAAAGUUAGUAGGCUAUAUUCUUGGUUAUAUAUGACCUUAUUUCAAACGAAACUAACAAUUAUGUAACAAUAUAUUUACUAAACAAAUGUUAGGUAUUUGUAUAAAAAAUCAUUGGUGAAUUUGAUCAGUGGGUUUUUUUCUUUUUCUUUCUUCACAUUGUGAAUAUGUGUGAAGGUACGUACUUAAUAUUUGAUGGUAUAAGUUAUGUAAUUUAUGCAGUAUACAGGUUUUAUUUCAUGUGAUCGUGCAAUCUCAUUACUCAGCCCGUUUUUGUUUUAUGCUUACUGGUUGUAGUGACGCCGUGUGUGGUUUUGUUCAUAUCUUCUUAGAUAAAAUAGGUGUUUGUUUUUCCGUUUCCACUUGUCAGUAUCAUUGGGUGGUACUAUAGUAUCUGUGUAUAUGCACAAUGAUGAAUUUACUGUGUUUAUAUUUGUAAAUAUUUCAGAUGGGCCAUAUGAGAAAAAUUAAAUAUGGUUGAAAGUUA